AUAUUUCGUGGUGCGGUGUCUUUAUCAAACACGUGUUUAUAUCAGAAUUUCUUUGGAUUGUAUUUAAAAUUUAAGACUUGCUGAUUGCAAAGAAAGUAAACAUCAGAAUUAUAAAGUCCUAAUACUAAUUAUUUAUAAAGAUGGCCUCGAAUAUGAGGCGGAUAAAGAAGCGAAAGCGCAAUAAUGAGGAAUCGGAGGAAAACUUUACUGUUGUAAAACAAGAUAAAAUAUUCAAUUUAAACCAAAACAUUACAGAAGAGGAAGAUGAGGAUGAAAGUGUUGUAACAUCGGAUAUUCGAAAGAAUAUUCGAAAUCAAAAUCGAAAAAUGAAAAAAUCGGGUGGUUUCCAAGCUAUGGGGCUGUCUAGGGGUGUCUUUAAAGGGUUAAUUAGAAAAGGCUAUAAAGUACCAACUCCAAUUCAGAGAAAGACAAUUCCAUUGAUUUUGGAUGGUAAAGAUGUUGUAGCUAUGGCUCGAACAGGAUCUGGAAAAACAGCAGCUUUUCUUUUACCUAUGUUUGAAAAACUAAAAGCAACAUCUGCUAAAGCUGGUGCAAGAGGCUUAAUUUUAUCGCCCACCAGAGAAUUGGCCCUACAAACUUUACAAUUUACUAAAGAAUUGGGAAAAUUUACAGGUCUUAAAGCCGCUGUAAUAUUAGGUGGUGAUAGUAUGGAAGAACAGUUCUCCGUUAUACACCAGAAUCCUGAUGUAAUAAUAGCCACGCCCGGAAGAUUUAUGCACGUUUGCGUUGAAAUGGAAUUGAAAUUAAAUUCUAUAGAAUAUGUUGUGUUCGAUGAGGCUGAUAGACUAUUUGAAAUGGGUUUCGCAGAACAAUUAAAAGAAAUUUUAGCUAGACUACCAGAAGAUAGACAAACACUCCUUUUCUCUGCGACUUUGCCAAAAAUUUUAGCCGAAUUUGCUAAAGCAGGUCUACACGAGCCUACACUUGUAAGAUUGGAUGUUGAGACAAAAUUAAGUGAAAACCUGCAAACCAGCUAUUACCAAUGUCGACCUGACGAUAAGGAAGCUGUUCUAUUAUAUUUGGUUCAAGAGGUUGUUAAGCCAUCAGAACAAUGUGUUAUAUUCGUUGCUACUAGACAUCACGUUGAAUAUCUAAAUAUGAUAUUAAGAGAAGCUGGUUUAAAAGUUUCUUAUACUUAUUCAUCACUUGACCCUGCAGCUAGAAAGAUUGAGGUGGCCAAAUUCAGAGCCCGUAAAACAAACUUCCUCGUAGUAACUGACUUAGCCGCUAGAGGAAUAGAUAUCCCUACUUUAGAUCAUGUCAUCAACUAUAACUUUCCAGGGAAAUCUAAACUAUUUAUACACAGAGUUGGUAGGGUAGCAAGAGCCGGUAGAUCUGGAUGGGCUCAUUCGUUAGUAGCGCCAGAGGAAAUGCCUUAUGUACUAGAUUUACAUCUAUUUUUGGGAAAACCCCUGAAACUUUACCAAGGCGGAAAAGAAGAAGAGAAUGUUAUGGGAACAGUCCCGCAAACAAUCAUUGAUGAAUGGGAUCAAUCAGUUAGGCGUUGGAAUGAAAAGACAGAUAUUGAAAAUAUGAAAAAUGUGACGAUCAAUGCUUAUAAACACUAUGUGAGAACUAGGCCUCAACCCUCAGGAGAGUCUAUCAAAAGGAUGAAGGAAUUAUUAGAUGUUACUAUUUGUCAUCAUCCUAUAUUCGGUAUGAUAACGCUUUAA